AGGCUCUCUCCGCCCCCAGCACAGCCUGUGCCUUGUGCCUGCCGCACGCACGCGUCGCCCAUUCAACUGCCGGAACUCUGCUACCCGGCCCCUGGAACCUCUGUCCUGCCCCGCCGAGUGCCGUGCCGGGUUGCCGUUGCUGGAGAUGGCGAGGGGCACCACCACCAUGGAGGUGCGCGCCGACGGCGUCGCCGUCAUCACCAUCUCCAACCCGCCCGUCAACGCCCUCUCACUCGACGUCAUAGCUAGCUUGCAGAGAAACUAUGCACAGGCUCUUAGCAGGAAAGAUGUCAAGGCAGUCGUCCUCACUGGUGACAAAGGGAGGUUUUGCGGUGGCUUUGAUAUAAAUGCAUUUGGAAAUAAGCCAAAAAAUGAGAAGACCGGAUCCCUCUCAAUUGAUUUUUUGACUGACAUAGUGGAAGAUGCCCACAAACCGACAGUGGCUGCUAUAGACGGCAUUGCUCUUGGUGGUGGAUUAGAGGUUGCAAUGGUUUGCCACGCUCGCAUUUCGACACCAUCAGCUCAAUUAGGAUUACCUGAACUUCAACUAGGAAUCAUUCCUGGAAUGGGAGGAACACAACGGCUUCCCCGCCUUGUUGGCCUGCCAAAAGCCCUUGAGAUGAUGUUGAUGUCAAAGCCUAUAAAUGGCAGGGAGGCACAUGAACUUGGUUUAGUUGAUAAUGUAGCUUCAGCUAAUGAAUUGGUCAGCACUGCCUGUUCUUGGGCUCUGGAAAUUGCUGAACAGAAGCGACCAUGGUUCAAGAGUCUCUACAGAACUGAUAGGCUUCCCGCUCUUGGGGAAGUGAAGAAAAUUCUUAAAUAUGCAAGGGUUCAAGCUCAAAAGAAGGCCGCUUAUGUUCAACAUCCCAUAGUUUGCAUUGAUGUUAUUGAAGAGGGAAUAGUCUCUGGCCCUCGCACUGGCCUCAUGCAGGAAGUGCUCUCUGCAAAAAUGCUUGAGCGGUCUCAAACAAGCAAAAGCUUAAGACAUGUAUUUUUCGCCCAACGUGCUACUUCAAAGAUUCCAAAUAUUACCAACAUGGGUUUGACACCACAGAGAAUAAAAAAGGCAGCUAUUGUUGGGGGUGGUCUAAUGGGAUCUGGAAUUGCAACGGUAUUCAUAUUGAACAACUUCUUGGUUGUCUUGAAAGAAGUAAAUGAACAGUUCUUAUCUGCAGGAAUUAACAGAGUUAAAGCUAAUUUGCAGAGUUUUGUCAGAAAGGGGCAACUUACUGAAGAAGAUUAUGAAAAGAAACUUUCUCAACUAUCCGGUGUUCUUGACUAUGAACAGUUCAGGGAUGCAGAUGUAGUCAUCGAGGCAGUUAUUGAGGAUAUAUUGCUGAAGCAGCAAGUAUUUUCUGAUCUUGAGAAGUACUGCCAUCAUGAUUGCAUAUUUGCCACAAAUACUUCAACAAUAGACUUGAACUUAAUUGGUCAGAAGACUAUUUCUCAGGAUCGCAUUGUUGGUGCACACUUCUUCAGUCCAGCUCAUGUCAUGCCACUGUUGGAGAUAGUUCGUACCCAUCAGACUUCCUCGCAAGUUAUCGUGGACUUGCUAGAUGUGGCAAAGAAGAUACGUAAAACACCAAUAGUUGUUGGCAACUGCACUGGUUUCGCUGUCAAUCGGAUGUUCUUUCCUUACGGCCAGGCAGCUGCUUUUCUUGUUGAUUAUGGUCUGGAUGUCUAUCACAUAGAUCAUGUGAUCACACAAUUUGGAAUGCCAAUGGGGCCUUUCCGCUUAAUCGAUCUUGUUGGUUUUGGUGUCUCUGUUGCCACAAGAAUGCAAUAUCUCCAAAGUUAUCCUGAACGAUGCUACAAAUCAAUGCUUCUUCAGAUUCUGCUCGAGGAUAAUAGGACAGGUGAAUCUUCUCAUAGGGGCUUCUACCUAUAUGACGAUAAGCGAAAAGCCUAUCCAGAUCCUGAUUUGAGAAAGUACAUUGAGAAAUCAAGGAACAUGGCGGGUACUGUACAAGAUCCUAAGCUGAUGAAAUUAACAGAUAAUGACAUUGUAGAGAUGGUAUUCUUUCCCGUGGUGAAUGAAGCCUGCCGAGUGCUUGAUGAGGGAAUUGCUCUGAAAGCAUCUGACCUCGAUGUAGCGUCCAUUAUGGGAAUGGGUUUCCCAUCUUAUAGGGGUGGAGUAAUGUUUUGGGCUGACUUGCUCAGCGCUAAAUACGUGUACAACAGACUGGAGGCGUGGUCCAAGGAUUAUGGGGAGUUCUUCAGACCCUGUGAAUAUUUAGCUGCGAGAGCUCAUCAGGGUGCAUCUCUGGCUGCCAUGGUUGAUGGUGUUAAAUCGCGACUUUAGGGUGUCGCUGUUCAUUAGUCGUGUUUAUACAGACUUCAGCCUUAUUGAAUCUCCAACAACUUGAGGAGAUGCUGCUGCGAAAUACCGAGAGUGCCAAGAGCUCGAUUAUUACAAUCAUGUUGCAAAAAACUGCACUGGGAAUGAUAACGGAAUGGAAUAACAGGGAGGCCUAGCGAUUAGAUGGGCCUUCCUGAAACUGCUGUGGAUCUAUUGCAGGAGUUUCUCUGAAAUAUUGUGGGCAAUGUGUUGAGGUGAUGUCUGUAUAGAACAGUUAUAGGGAGUUCCUCCUGAAUUCUGUGGGAAUAAUAUGGAAUUUGUUGUAUUAGAUUUUCGCAUUUUGAAAUUCCUAAGCUCCUGUAUCCGAUGCAACACUUGAACUCAACUGUUUGAAAAGUACACGCUUUACAUGGAUACAAUAUGUGAUCCUUAUUUCGUUGUC